AUGCCAGUCGCUUGGUCGGGACUCCCAUCACUCGUUCAAGAAGAUAUUCUCAAGGAGAUGUCAGCCGAAUCUACAUUUUUCUUGUCAAUGGCUUCCAAAAGAACCGUAGAUUCGAUGAGCCGCUUUAGAAACAAAAACGUAUCUGGAAUCAUGAUGGUUUUUGGAAAAGAUGCAGUUGGAAUCAGAUUUGAGACUUCCGACAAAAAUUUCUUCAAUUGCGAGAAGAUUGCAUUCAAACUGGAUACGUUCCCAAGAAUCACCGGUUUGUAUGCAACAAAUGAUAACAAAAUUAUAUCCGAGUUCGUCUGUGAAUCCAAGGAAAAUAUUGUCUCGGAAACACAUAAUCAUCUUCUCGAUCUGUUCAGAAAGUCCCGGAAUCUGGAAUUCACCGUCGCUGUUUUUGACUUCAAGAGCUACAAAUGGAUUCCAUUUGUAAAAAGAGCAAAAAUUAUGGCUGAGAAUGUUGGAAUAAGUCAUCUUGAAAAGUUCAUUGAUAGUCACUCGGAUCUAGAGAGCAUUCACUUGGAGAGGAAAUUUAUUGGACAUAUCUCUCCAGAAUCGAAUCUCUACAAUAUCAAUCAUGUUUCUUUGAACGCGCUCAAGUUUCCAUUCAACGAGUUCAUGAACAAUUUUAAAGGAAAAAGUGCUGCACUUCAAUGCUCUGGACAUCUAAACGGCCAUGUUCGUUUGUUCAUUCGCAGUUGGUUGAAAGGAGGAUAUGCAGACAAUGUGAAAAUGUUACAUGUUCUUCGUACUGGACAAGAAAUAUUUUAUGAUGAAAUGUUGUUGGAGUCGUUCUUCGAUGAAGUGACACCCUUUGAACAAGCUGGAGUCUCAAGAGAACUCCCAAGUUUUAAAGAAAUCAGAAAACAGUUCGAAACGCUUCCUAAUUGGUUUCAAGAAACCGAUAGAGAUAUGGUGAUCGAGAGAGAAUCUGACAAGAAGAAGGCGCUAGUUAAGAUGGGAGCAAACGAUUUCAUCUUCUUGGUAUUGGACGACAUCGAUAUGGUAAAUGUUUGA